CCCUUGCGUCUUGGGGGCUUCACGAUCAACACUUUAGAAUGACAUUUAGAAAACGACUGCAGACAUGCAAUCCGCAUUCAAUGCCGCCCCACAGAGUUUCGGAUACUCCACCCUCGCUCCGCAAGUCGAGGAGCUGGACAGUGUGCUUACGGCGAACUGGUCUUUAACACUGCAGGGAAACAUCUCGCACCUGGAUACGGAGAACGCUCCUCAAAAUAAACCGUUCUCGUCGUCCACAUCCGUGAUACUGGCAAUGCUCAUGACGCUGCUGGUCUUUGCCACAGUCCUGGGUAAUGCACUUGUAAUUUUGGCAUUUGUCGUAGAGAAAAGUUUGCGCACCCAAGGCAACUUUUUCUUUUUGAAUUUAGCGAUAGCCGACUUUCUUGUUGGAGGGUUUUGCAUUCCAGUCUACAUCCCCUACGUCCUAACAGGAGAGUGGAAACUCGGACGAGGUCUGUGCAAACUGUGGCUAGUGGUGGACUACAUGCUGUGCACCGCCUCCGUGUACAACAUCGUUCUGAUCAGCUUCGACCGCUUUCUGUGUGUCACUAGAGCGGUGAGUUACAGGUGCCAGAAGGGCGUGACCAGGGAGGCAGUGCUGAAGAUGGCGAGCGUGUGGCUGGCGGCAUUCCUGCUGUACGGUCCCGCCAUCAUCAGCUGGGAGCACAUCGCGGGCGGGAGCGUGGUCCCCCGCGGGCAGUGCCACGCCGAGUUCUACUUCAACUGGUACUUCCUGAUGACAGCCUCCACCGUGGAGUUCUUCACCCCCUUCAUCAGCGUCACCUACUUUAACCUCAGCAUCUGCAGCAACAUCAGGAGGCGCAACCUGAUGAGGGUGGGGCAGUCAGUGGCGGUGAGGGCGGGGGCGGGGCGGGGCACGGUGCACUGGGAGACGCAGUGCGGGAAGCAGGUUUUUUUCGUCAGGGCUGCGGCCCGGAGGUGUGCCGGCGAGGAAAGGGGCGGUGCUGCGGCGGGAGCCAAUCAGGCCCGAGGAAGCCUGGGCACCAAGGUGCCCGUGAGGGCCGGCGAGGGGACGCGGCGGGAGAGCGACCUGCUGGACCUUCCGCCCCUGCAGCUGGAGGACCUGGCCCCGGGGUCGGGGGACGGGCCCUGCGGGGCCCCGCAGACCCGCCCCGACGCGGCCCUGGACCCAGUGCGUCUCCGGCUCGCGCGCGACAAGAAGGUGGCCAAGUCCCUGGCGGUGAUCGUGUGCGUGUUCGGGCUGUGCUGGGCCCCCUACACCAUGCUGAUGAUCAUCAGGGCCGCCUGCCAAGGCCAGUGCGUGCAGCACUAUCUGUACGAGAUCUCCUUCUGGCUGCUGUGGAUCAACUCUUCCAUUAAUCCCAUCCUGUACCCACUGUGCCACACCAGCUUCAGACGGGCCUUCACCAAGCUGCUCUGCCCCUCCAAGAUCAAGAUUCAGCCCCAGUAUGUGGAACAGAAAUGCUAGGGCGAGGGCCUGCCAUUGUUCCUUCAUUGCUGUAAAUAAUCAUUUAAACUAAAAGAAAAACUAUUUAUCCAGACAUAAAGGCUUAUAACGAAAUAACUGAAUUUCUUCAGUGUCAUGAAAGUUUGAAUGGGUGUAAAUGAAUAAAAAUACUGAUGUAAAAUAAUACUUUUACUCUGAUAGUUUACAUUAUUGAAAUUUAUUUCUGCAACACAAUAAGAAAACAUACUAUGAUCAGCAGCAUUAACGCAUGUCAAGUGCACAUCAAUUUGGCACUGAGUUUUGAAUUAUAAAGCCAGUGUGUGGUGCAUGUGCCUUUCACAGAGAGUUCUGCUCAAAGAAUCACAGAGUUGACCUUGGUAACAUCAGUGCUUACAGUGCUACAACAUGGUAACAUCUUUAGGAAUAGCAAUACAGAUCCAGCAGUGCAACAGCAAAGAAAAAUCAUAAAUAGCAAAUAAAUUGUGUUGUGUAAUAUUGCAUGUGCAUAUUAGAAAACUACAUGAUGUAAUGUUACCUUGAUUUUUCCCUCUGUAAUCCUGAAGGAAGGUGACCAGGCAGAUGCUGACACUCAUCUGGAGCUUGUACAUGAUGUAUGAUUGGUGAA